UCACCGCCAGGAUCAGCUCCGAGUUGUUUUUUACAAGUAGUCUGGCUGUGAUACUUUUUUUUAUGCUGUCACUCACUUGACGGCAUUUCGAGUAGAAUUUGAAUAUAUAAUUGUACUUGGCCGCUAUUUAACAACGAUCUUGACCAGAGAAUGCCGCGUGUAGCAAAGCCGAAAGCCGCCGCUCCGGCCAAGAAGGCCAAGAGCAAGCUGUACAAGAUGCCGGAGAAGGUGAAGGAGGGCACAGUUUUCACCGAUUUGGCCAAGGGGCAGUGGCGCAUUGGGCCCUCGAUCGGAGUUGGAGGAUUCGGAGAGAUCUACGCCGCUUCCAAAGUGGGUGAGAUGAACUACGAUGCUGUGGUUAAAUGCGAGCCACAUGGCAAUGGUCCUCUGUUCGUGGAGAUGCACUUCUAUCUGCGCAACGCCAAGCUGAAGGACAUCAAACAGUUCAUGCAGAAGAACGGCCUCAAGUCGCUGGGAAUGCCCUACAUACUGGCCAAUGGUUCCGUGGAGGUGAAUGGUGAAAAGCAUCGAUUUCUAGUCAUGCCGCGCUACGGAAGCGAUCUCACCAAGUUUCUGGAGCAGAACGGCAAGCGACUGCCCGAGGGCACUGUCUACCGACUGGCCAUUCAGAUGCUGGACAUCUAUCAGUACAUGCACAGCAAAGGCUACGUUCAUGCCGAUCUUAAGGCGGCCAACAUACUGGUGGGUCUGGGAAUAGGCGGCGCUGGGCAGGCGUAUCUGGUGGAUUUUGGACUGGCCUCAAGAAGAUGCAUAAUGGAACCAUAGAAUACACAUACACAUACACAUACACACAUUCGCCAGUCUUAAACUCAUCACUGGACGAGGAAAUCUCCGCCAGCGAAGAGGAUGCGGAGGAGGACAUGUCAUAUCGCAAG